AAGAAGAUUUUGAAGGCGAAAGAAACAGGGCGACUGCCAGGUGUGACGCUAAAUAACAAAAGUGCACUUGACUACGUCAAAAUGAACAAAGCGUUAAAAUUUUUGCCAGCGCAACCUAUCGCUUUUUAUCAAGACUAUUUACGAUGAAUAAUAAAAUAUAUUAGAAAGGCAGGAGAAGAGGACGAACUUCACUCUAUGUGAUUGUGCGUGCAUAGAAAGCAAUGACGUUGCGUUGUCCUCGUAUAAUGGACGUGGUAUUUCUCGGAACAAACUGGAUUAAGUGCGAGAGAGAUAGUUGAUUCUAUCUCAAAGAAUCUUGCAGAUUCUUUGUUCUUGCAUUCGCUCAAAUGCAAAUAUAAAUACACGAUCGAUCGUUAAAUUCGAACUUAAAUUACACGUUGUACUGUUUGUGAUAUAUUUUGCUAUUAUUAUACCUAACCUAUUUAUUAUAAUACAUUUACGGACGUCUUUGGAGGAAGGAAGAAAUAGAGAUAACAUUGUUGUGUAUUACGUUAACUGGUUCGAAGUUCAACGUGCCGUACUUAUCUCACGAUGAUCCCAUUCAUUUUGGGGUCAUUUCCUUAUUCUUUCGUCAGUGAAAGCAUGAUACUUGAAUUAUACAAUUGCAAUUUACAUCAUUUACUUUCGAUGAUACUGAUAUAAAGAUAUUAUCCGAUUGAUUUAAACGACUCGAUUAUUUCUUUUUAUCGAGUCACGAAGAUGUUCGAAUGGAAUCAUACUAGUUUCAUUAAAGUAUUGGUGACAAGAGAUAUUGCAGAAAAUGAAUUCUCUUCUAAAAUCCGUCAAAUCCCUCACAAACAAAAGAAAUAUAUUAGUGAGAGAAUCUCUACAAAAACAGUUAAAUACAAGUGUGAUGGAGAUGCAGAGCGCACCAGGUGUCGCAGAAGAAGAAGCAGUUGGAAAUUGUGAAGAAGCAAUGACAUUAUGCUCUGUACUGGAAGCUAUAUUUUUACAUGGACUAAAGGAUAGUCUUUUAAAUAGAGUGACAGAAGUUCUCAGCGGCCCUGACUUUGAUGCUAUGCCUCAACCAAGUUUUUGGGGACCUUUACUAGUAUUCUCCCAUCGCCAAAUUAUUGAUCAAAUUCAAGCGUUAACACAAGUUACCACUGAAGUGGGUUACUGUAGAGCAUGGAUAAGAUUAGCCUUAAACGAAGGUCUAUUAGCAAGUUAUUUGUGUUCUAUAAGAAGGGAUAAUUCUGCUCUGAAACCAUAUUAUGAUCGUUCUGCCUUCAUUAGAGAUGCCGAUUUAAUAGAAAUUGCUCAACGAUUAAUAGAAAGCUUGGAUUACAUAAGCUUUGAACUGGCUUGCAAUAGUAGUCUCUUAAAUUUUUGGUCAAGUACUCCUCUGCUUUUAGCUGGUAUAUGGUCACCUCCCAUGAAAUCUUGUCCUGUGUUUAGUGCAGUAGAUAUUGCAAAAACAAUAACUACAGAAUUAAGGGAUAAUGAUAAUCCUGAAGAAGUAGAAACUGCAAGUUCUAUAGGUAGUUUAGGUUCCUUUAAUUCUUCGCAAUCUGCUUUAAAUAAUAUAGCUUGUAUUACAGAAAAUGAAGCUCUAAAAAUUAUUUUAAAAGAUAAAAUUACUAACAAUCAUCAUACUACACAGAAAAAUAAAAAUGGCAGUCCUGCACAUACAUCUAAACAAAAAAACAUAGAGAAAGCAAAUACACAGAAAGUAGAAGAAACUAUAAAUGAAGUUAUGAAAAAUGUAUCAGCUAGUGAGACACCUACAGAGAAUAUAGAAACUAUGACAAUUGACAUUAAUACUACAAUCAUUCAAGAUGAUCAUCAAGAUAGUAGUUCUCAAGAAAAUAAUAUUGUUUGUACCGAUAAUAUAUCUACUACUGUAGGAAAUUCAUUAUUUGGAAGACUAGGAUGGUCAACUUCAUUUGAAGAUUGUGAAUCUUCUAUGACUUCAUCUGUGAUAUCUCAUGGUUCUGGAAUGGAUGCUCCUCGCACUCCAGGUGAUGGACCGACCUAUGAUGCUCUUAUUCAAAGCUAUCAUACUGCUGGCAAUAUGAUGGUACCGGAUCUACAAGAAUUUUUAAAAAAAUAUCCGAAGAAAAAAUCUAUUGAUGAAGAAAUCAAAUCUCCAACUGCUGCUAAGAUUGUCAUAAAUUUUGAUGAGCAACUAGGAAAGUUGCCAAGAGAAAAAGGCCUUGAUAUGCAAAAUUACAGCUGUUUCAAUUGUGGCCACGCUAUUGGUAUGACGUUUUCAAAGGCACAUGUUUGCUCCUUUUCUGCAAGUUAUUAUUGUGCAGAUUGUAUGGCACAAGGAGAAUAUAUAAUACCAUCACGUAUGAUUCAUAAUUGGGAUUUAAAACGUUAUAUGAUUUGUCAAAAAGCUGCAGAGUACCUGAAAGAUUGUUCUACUUUAUUAGAUUUAAAAAUUUUGAAUCCAAAAAUAUAUAUGGCAGUAGAUAUCAUGGCACAACUACAAUCUUUAAGAAUACAAUUGAAUUUAUUGAGAGCUUAUUUGUUUACUUGUCGAGAACCUGUUAUUGAAUCAUUGCAAAAAAAUGUUGCCCCCAGAGAUUAUUUAUAUGAACAUGUUCAUCAAUAUUCUGUUUCUGAUCUUCUUGAUAUACCUAAUGGUACUCUUGCUCAACAAUUACAAAGAGUAGUUGAGUUUGCACGAAAUCAUGUGAUAAAUUGUUGGCUUUGUAGUCAAAAAGGAUUUAUUUGUGAAGUAUGCAAUAAUCCUAAAGUCAUCUAUCCUUUUGAUAUAGAUUCUACAUAUAGAUGCGGAUCAUGCAAUGCCGUAUUUCAUGCAGAUUGCUUAAAUGCAUAUAAACCAUGUCCGAAGUGUGAACGUCGGCGUAAACGAAUGGAUCUUCCUCUUUUAGACAUGGGAUGUACAGAAUUACCACCUGAAUCGACAUUAACAUCUGAAAAUAAUAUUGACUAAUAUUAUAUAACCUUGAUAAUGUGUUAAUAUUAUUUGAUUUUAUGAUUUGUAUAAAUUUUCUUUUUAAUUCUUA